UGUUGUAGUUUGAUUUUGUUGUCAAAUGAAAAAGCUGAGUGUUUCAAUUCCCCGCUCUCCGCCAGUCGCCGCUUCGGCCAGUUCGUCUCCAGUGUAGAUCAGGAGGGGUGGAGACCUAUUGACGUUGUUCUUCCCCUACAAGCCCCAAAAAUAUCUCCUUUUUCAUGUCCAAAGCCUUUCUUCCCCGUAUCAAGCUGACCCCUCGCCGCACUCAAAACUCCCCAUUGCCCGUUUCCCGAGCCCGCAAACUCGCCGCUGCCAUCACUGAAAUUCUACAAACCCGCGAUACAAAUGCUCAAUGGGAGGAAUGCCUAGCAGAGGUCUUCCCCGCCGACGAGGAUAUCGCUUCCGUUGUCGCCUUCCUCCGCGACCCGGACUCUACUCUCGCCUUCUUCUCCUGGGUCCGCGGGCGCCCUUUCACAGUUACUCCGGACUCUGCAUCAUACUCCGCAUUGCUGUGCCUCCUUGCCAGAAACCGUCGCUUUGAAGAAUCGCAGCUCGUGCUGGAAACCAUGCUAACUGAAGGAACGGUUCCAACCUGCGAAGCUUUCAGCACUCUUGUUGGCUCAUACUCCCGUUAUGGUUUGCAGGAUAAGGCCUUGAGCGUUUAUUUCAGCAUGAAGGAGAAAUUGAGCUCUUUGCCAGAUGUCUCCGACUGCAACUGUUUAUUAAAUUUGCUUGUAGAGCAUGGGCGUCUGGAGACUGCACAACAAGUGUAUGAUGAAAUGCUUAAGAGAGAUGGUGGAGCAAAUAACUUUAGUACGGGUAUUAUGGUUAAAGGAUUGUGCAUUCAAGGAAGGAUGGAAGAUGCUAGGAAUUUGAUGAAGGAUAGAUGGGGGCGUAGCGUUUUUCCAGAUGUGGUUUUCUAUAACAUGCUUAUUGAUGGAUACAGCAAGCGUGGCAAUGUUAGGAUGUGUUAUAUUCUGUUGAGAGAGAUGGGAUUGAAGGGAUUUGUGCCUACACUGUCUACCUAUGGUGCUAUAAUUAAUGGAUUUUGCAGGAAGGGGAAUUUUGGGAAGAUAGACAUGCUAAUAAUUGAAAUGAAGGCACGAGGAUUAAAUCCAAAUGUGCACAUUUAUAACAACAUCAUUGAUGCUAGGUGUAAGCAUUGUUCAAUUCUUGAUGCAAAAGCAGUUUUGAAGCAGAUGAUUGCAAGUGGUUGUCAACCUGAUAUUGUAACUUACAACAUUCUGAUUUCAGGUUAUUGUCAGUAUAGGAGGGUUGGGGAGGCUAAGAAUCUCCUUCGGGAGGCUAUUGGAAGAAGCUUGGUUCCAAAUAAGUUCAGCUAUACCCCUCUUAUUCAUGGCUAUUGCCAGGAAGCUAAUGUUGCUUUGGCAUCGAACUUGCUCAUUGAGAUGAUGGAAAUGGGGCAUAAGCCCGACUUGGUAACUUUCGGAGCUCUUAUACAUGGUCUUGUUGUUGCCGGCGAUGUCCAUGAGGCGUUGGCGAUUCGAGAGAAGAUGGAAGAAAGAGGUGUGGUGCCAGAUGCAACUGUUUAUAAUGUCUUGAUGAAUGGUCUUUUUAAGAAGGGCAUGCUUCGCUCUGCUAAACAGUUGCUUGCUGCAAUACUUGAUCAAAAUGUCAUGCUAGAUGAGUUUAUUUACGCUACAAUGAUCGACGGUUUUUCUAGAAACGGGGAUUUGAAAAUAGCUUCAAAGCUCUUUCAAUUCAUGGGAGAAAAGGGUGUCAGGCAUAGCGUAGUUGUCUAUAACACCCUCAUCAAAGGACAUUGCAAAGCCGGAAUGUUGAGCGAAGCCGUCAUGUAUAUCAAUAGAAUGAGGCAAGAAGGAUAUUUGCCAGAUGCAUUCACAUAUACUACGUUAAUAGACGGCUAUGCGAGGCAAUGUGACAUGGAUGGAGCUUUAAGGAUUUUUGGUGACAUGGCUAAGCAAGAGUGCAAACCAAAUGUAGUUACUUACUCUGCAUUAAUUAAUGGAUUUUGCAAAAGAGGUGAUCUUGAUACUGCUAAUUCUCUCUUUAGGGAGAUGCAGUCAAAUGGCAUUGUUCCUAAUGUUGUAACAUAUAGCAUACUUAUUGGUGCUUUUUCUAAAACGGGAAAGGUUUGGAGCGCUGCCGACGUUUUUGAAGAGAUGUUGUGUAACAAAUGUUUUCCUAAUGAAUUUACCUUUCGUUAUGUAAUUAGUGGUCUCAUUAGUUGCUGGCGGGAUAUGGAUUCUGUUGUUGAUAGAUGCGAUCAGCGAGUAAAAAGCGAGUUCAGAAUGUCAGAUAUGUUUCAAAAUAUGAUUUUAGAUGGAUGGGAUCACAAGAUUGCUGCAUAUAAUGCUGUAAUAUUCUGCCUUUGCAAACAUCAAAUGCUCUUGAAGGCAUUAGAACUACGAGAUCAAAUGUUGAAACAAGGCUGUUUCCCGGAUGCCAUCACAUUUCUUCUCCUUCUUCAUGUAAUUUGCGCACAAGGAAAAUCAUACGAGUGGAAAGACCUUUUGUCUUGUGCUUUUGAACAGAAGGAAUUUGACAUUGUGGACAAAUACAUGAGCCUGCUAGAUCAGAAUCUAAAUGCAGGAAAAUCAUCUGAAGCAUCAAGCAUUUUGCGAUCAUUGCUUGAUGAACGAAGGUGCUUUCCAGAGUCGAACUGCAUAAUUACUGAAGUUUCUUACUGAACAUCCUUAAGAGUUUGAAAUAUAGUUGGUGGAUGGAGAAUUUAUCUAUUGAGAAUUUUACCUCGGAAGCACAGAACAGUCCUGAUAGGAAGGAGGGGAUUCGAAAAGCAGAAGGGAAUUACUAAGAAGUGAUAAAUGCUAUGCUGCUCUGGCUCUCCUUAUAAUUUACCCAAUGGGUUUCAAUUUCCUCACACGUAUGCAAGAUUGGGCUUUCAGAUAAAAGCUAAGGGGAAAAAAAUGAACUCGUCAACGAUGCAAGACCGGUGUUGUUUAUGUGCUUUCUGCCAUCCAGAAGGACAAUACUAAGAAAUGAGAAGUAACAGAAGAAAGCGGCAAAUGCCCUGGAACUAUAAUAGAAGAAUUCCAUAGUACUUGAUCUGUAGCAGCAACAACCACCAUGUAGCUACAGAAUAUAUAAUAUUUUCGUGGAGCUUAUUAAUCAGCUAGCAAAACCUCGGCUUGGCUUCAUUUAUCAAAGUUUUU